AUGCCGGUGCAGGCGGAGCGCCUGACGUCGCGGGUGCCUUCCCGCAGAAGCUGCCAGUCGGGGAUGCGUUGCCCCAGUGUCGUGUUGCACACAGUCAGUGUGGCCGGGACAGACGACCCAGCUUCAGAUGCCAGCUGUUGCGGAGCUUUCUCGUGCAAAGCGGAGCAGUCCUUGACGCCCUGUGAGGUGCUUAUGACUGUAGCAGUUCGGAGGGGGUCUCAAGUUGAAAGCAGUUGCCGCAUCCUGGCCAGUAUGCCAUUGCCGUUCUGUUGUGCAUGGCCGGUGCAGGACAAAGCUCGUCACGGCCACAUGUGUGCACGAAGGAAGGCUGAGUGCUGCUAG